AUGACGGAAUACACAAUAAAAUGGGGCGACGAUGCGUUUGCGACGUUUGAACAAUACAAAAUCCGGGUGAUGGGGCAGGAAAAUUGUGACACUGGACACAAGACCGCCAAGCACUGGACAGUGGUCAAGGAUGCCAAAUACGGCAACGUGCUCCGCAACGAUAUCCACGGUGAAGACCGCGACGGCUGCGAAGAUCCCUCGGAUCCUACUGAUGUGCGUAACCGCAACGAAAUUACAUGGUGGACUGAGGAUGUCGAAACCAAAAUGAUGCGGGCGGCGUACGGCGAUACGCGCUCGUACAGGUGGAACCUCAAGGUGCCGAACGGCACACCGAGUUCUGAGCAGAAAUCGUUCUAUGUGUUGUGGCAGAUAAAAACUCGGGAGGGGGGAGGCGACCGGUCCCUGGUGAUGUCGUUGGAAUUGCGCCACGAGGAGCUGAUUGUGUCGGCCGGUAUACGUCCCAAGCAGCCAUUUGACGAGGAUAUCGCGCUGGUCGCGCUGUUGCAAAUAUGGGACAAGUGGGUUGAAGUGACCAUUGUGAUUUACUUCCAGGACGCCGGCACUGGUGCUAUUCUAGGUGAAAAGGAACUCGGAAACAUUGACUCGUGGCAGAGUGGCGACACAGAUUCGGUGAUUCGCACAGGGCAGUACCGUCGCUUCCAGCCCGAAUAUGCCGGGCGCACGAUGAGCACGUUUAUAGGAGAUAUUCACGCAUACGACUACGAUGUACUUUUGACUCCCCCCAAAAAGUGCCAGUGUCGCAUCCGCCGUAGUAUGGACAUGUGGCCGAGGAUAAGUGUUUGCACCUGGCUGCUUGGUGCGGACCAGUUGGUCGGUGUUUGCGAUGUACGUCAUUACGGCAUUUCCUGGGGCCGAUUUCAGCCUGUUCGGCAGCGUCUUCAGCGUCUGACACAGCGUGUCCACCUGAACAUUGUUCUCCACAUAGUCAUGGUAAUACACUUCAAUAUCUAA